AUGGGACAGACACCACUAAUGAAUGCAGCUUGGAGUGGAAAGAAAAAUGUGUUUGACUUCCUUGUGUCAAAGGGAGCUGACAUCACACUGACUGAUGACGGCAAUGACAACAUUCUUCACCUUGCCUGCAAAGGUGGAAAUAAAGCCUUAGUAGAACAUCUACUGCCAAUGUGUGACAUCAACUGUCGGGGGCACAAGGGUUGGACACCAGUAAUGAAAGGAGCCUCCAGUGGGAAUAAGGAUACAUUUGAUCUCCUCCUGUUAAAUGGAGCUAACCCAUCACUCUCUGGUGAUGACAAUGAUACUUUACUCCAUGCAGCCAGUAGAGGUGGAAACAUUGACAUUGUUAGACAUGUUACUGGUGACUUUGACAUCAACACACGAGGAGAGAAUGAUGCUAGCUGUGUGUGGAGGUCACACUGA